CGCGGAGACCUCUCCAAGAUGUCAGGUAUUAGUCCGGAGGGGCAGAUCUGCGAGCAGCACCGCGGCUCCCGGGUCUCCGGUGCAUUAGCCUCUCGGUGGGAGAGGGAUCCCAGACAGCUGUGCUGGGGAGCCAGCGGAGGAGAUUUGCUAGCGGGCUCCUCCGGGGGAUACUACCCGCCACCUCCUGCACCCGAGCGCAAAAGGUGCUGCUGCUGCUGCUACUGCUGGCGCAUUUCAUCCAAACUCCAGCCAGAGCGGGGGCAAGUUGCACCGGAGACAUCAGAGCCACUGUGCUUUGGAGAGGCGAGGGCGCACUGGGAGCGCAGCGGCACCAUGCCUGCUAUCAAGAAGGAGCGACUUGACAGGGAGGAGAUGGCCCUGGCUGCCUUUAACCAGCCCAUGGAGACCUUACCUGACUAUCUGGCCCCUUUAGCGGCCGCUGCCAUCCCGGUGGUGACCCCCCACCCUUCGGCUUACGACCAGAUCUUUGCCCACCACCACCGUGCCUACCUGGGCUUCCCCGAGACCCACCACCCGCACCACCCCCAUCACCACCUCCCCGAGGACCUGAUGCUGGAGCGCUUUUCCUCCAUCCCGGAUUUCCAGCCCUUCUUUGACAACGGCGAGCCGUGCAUCGAGGUGGAGUGCGGGGAGAACAAGGCGCUGCUCUACAUCAGUAAGUUAUGCCAGGGCAGCAAAGGACCCUCCAUCCGGUACCGGGGAGAGUGGCUCACCCCUAACGAGUUCCAGUUUGUCAGCGGCAGGGAGACCGCCAAGGACUGGAAGCGGAGCAUCCGGCACAAAGGGAAAAGUUUGAAGACUCUUAUGUCCAAAGGAAUCUUACAGGUACAUCCUCCAAUCUGUGAUUGCCCUGGGUGUCGAAUUUCGUCUCCAGUGAACCGGGGUCGCCUGGCCGAGAAGAGAACGAUCCCUCUGCCUCCCACCAGGCUCCCAAAGAAAGAGCUGACCUCCAUUUUCUCACAUAGCGACGACAGCGAGGAGAGUGACAAGGCCAAUGGUCAACACCCCGAAGUGAAGCAGGAGGAGGAUCUGCAUAUCAGUAUCAUGAAAAGAAGGAUACACACCCACUGGGAUUUAAACAUCUCCUUCCGAGAGACCUCUUGCAGCCGCGAUAACGACCUCUCCACCAUCAUCUCCAACCUGCAUCAGAGCCGCCAACUCGUUAUGCCAGAGACCCAGAGUCGCUGUGAAUUCAAGAGAAACAGUAUCGACGUCGGCUUAGGAGCAGCAGAUGAAAUUUUAGGCAGGAGAAGAGUAUGUUCUCCCAACAGCAGCAGUGAGUGUCCUUUAGAAAGCAAGAAAACCCGAAGCGAGUCCCCAAAGGAAAAUUCCCACACGCCCGUGCUUGAAGACUCAGUGACUCAGAUGACCCCAGAAGAACACUACAGACGGAUGAUGUCAGCCCUGAAUGAACACAGCACCUUUGAGGAGCAGCAGCAGCAGCGCCUCUACCAGUUGGCCAACAGCAUGGCAGUCCCCAGCCACGGUGAUCUGCUCCGAGCGCGGCAAGAGGCGGCGGCGCGCAACCCCGGGGCCAUGGAGGCGCAUCUCCCCUCGGCCAGCAACUCGUCCAGCCAGCGCCGGAAACAGGGGCUGCCCCAGCACCGCGACACGCACUUCCCCGAGAGCAGGAGCCUCAAUGGGGCUGGAACAGCUGGCUGGGAAACCCAUGGUCAAUGGGAAUAUCAGAAGCUUUUGGAGGAGCAGGGCAGGAGAGGGAAUGGCAGACCCAACUGUCUGUCAAGGUGCAGCAUGUGCACGCCCGCGUGCUGGUGUGAGCACCCGGGUCCAGCCAGUGGAAGUCUAACGGCGAACUCCUUUGUCUCAAGGGACAUGUCCCACCCACCGCCCCUGCUGUCACCCCAGAAUGCCCCCCACAUCGCGCUAGGGCCUCACUUGAGACCUCCCUUCCUGGGGGUGCCUUCAGCUUUGUGCCAGACGCCAGGUUACGGGUUUCUGCAGCCGGCACAAGCAGAGAUGUUUGCACGGCAGCAGGAGAUGCUGCGGAAACAGAACCUUGCCAGGCUUGAGAUGUCGGCCGAGAUCAUCCGCCAGAAGGAGCUGGAGAAUCUCCAUCGACAGAGGCUACUGGCCAGCGACCCGCUGAGCCUGCACCCCGGCUUACCCCAGGACCACCCGGCUUUGCGGAACAUGCACGACAUCCCCGAGGGGCACCCUCUGAGGGACGAACUCUCACGGAGGAACGCCAUGCUGGUGCUCCGGCACAACAACACGCCGCUGCUGUCGCUCAACCAUGGGGUCCCCAGCACCACCCCACCCAAGGAGCAGGGCCGGCGGGGGAGCCGGAAAUCAGUGCACCACCGGGCCGAGCCUCCGGGUCUGCACGAGGCCAAGGAGCUGGCCGAGCCCCGGGCACGGGAUGGUGUGCCCGACUGCAACGAUGAGGAGAUGAAAGACUCGGAGAGCGAUGCGGAAGUGAGCGACGAGAAGCCGGAGAGCCUGAAAGCUGAGAGCAGCAGCUCAGCCAGUGAACUCAAAGAGUGCAAAGAGACAAGCAAGGUCUAUGAGGGGGCCAAGGAGCUGAGCGAAGUGGCUUCCAGCCAGAAUGCCCCCUGCAGCUCCUCAAGCACUGAGUCGCCCAGCCACCUGCUUGGCCCAGGCAUCAAUAAAACUGAGGUGAAAUACCUCCCUCCGGCCUCCAUCCCACCACCUCAGCCGCUGCCCUUCGGAUUCCCUUAUACAAUGAGCCCCUAUUUCCACGCAGGCGCCAUGGGAGGUCUGUUCUUGGAUGGGGAGGAGAGCCCGGCGCUGGAAGACAUCAGCAAAUGGACAGUGGAGGACGUCUGUAACUUUGUGGGCAGUUUGUCUGGCUGUGCCGAGUACACUCAGGUAUUCAGGGAACAGGCUAUCGAUGGCGAGACGCUGCCGCUCCUGACCGAGGAGCACUUACUGACCAACAUGGGGCUCAAACUGGGACCAGCUCUGAAGAUCAGGUCACAGGUGGCCAAGCGAGUUGGCAGGGUUCUCUACAUGGCAAGCUUCCCCAUGGCAUUCCCGCUGCAGCCCCCGGGGUUACGGCCUCCAGAACGAGACCUGGUGCCCGCUGAGCUCCGCCCAGCCUCUACAGGCAGCGUCUCCUCCCCGUACAGCAGCAGCCUGCUCCCCGCUAGCCGCAUCUCACCAAAGCAGGAAAAUGGAACCCCCUCGUUAAUGGCUGGAAUCCACGACACCACGAAACCUCCCUCGUAACUGCACAGCCGCUUAACUCCCUCCAGUACUGGACACGGUGUGACAAACUCAGCGUAACGAGUGCGAGAGACGAGGGGACCCUCGCGCCCAGCCGGAGGGUCGAGGAAAGAGGGAACUAGGGUUGUGUGCGCGCAUUCACUUUUGUUUUGUUUUGUUUUGAAAACCCACAAUAAGAAAAGAUCAAAGAAGGGAAAAAAAAUCCAAAGAUUUAUUGAAAGCAAUUCAAGGGGGGAAAAAACCAGGUUGCGAGAAAUCUGGCCGUGCUCCCCUGUUCCUGCUUGCCCAAACCCGAGGGAGAGCAGCGGGCAGAGAUGGGAACACUCCUCUGUUUGCCUUCGUGGGAACGCGGCUUUGGAGAACUGCUGGGGGUGACCCUGCCCACCAAGGCAGAGAGCCCCGAACUGUGAGCAAACCAACCCCCCACCCCCAGAACUGUACUCAGCUCCUUGUUCAGGUGUCUAUGCAUCUCUAGCAACUUUUAAAACAAUACCAAAGACAGACAAAAGGCAAGUUCCGGUCCAUGUUUACUUCGGUGCGGAUGGUACGGCAGAGGUGGCUUUGGCGCUCCCCCAGGCUGGGGGUGCUGCCCCCCGAGUGUCGCGGUGCUUUCACCGUGCACAGAGACGAUAGACUAUGGCAGCAUCUCCUCAGCCCCAGCCCCUCCAGGACUUUUUAUUUUUGGGUAACUUUUCUUUUGAAGAAAGCAAACAAUAGCCGAAGGGGUGUGGUGGGGAGGGGGAAGGGGCCCUGGCUCCUCCUAGCAGCCCGGGCGCACCCCCCCCCACUGUGUACAGCAAACGCAUUGAUGUUGUUUUUCGGUUGUGGAGGGGUUAUUUUCUUUUAAAGCCUUGUUACAGAGGUGGAUGUAGUUGCACAUUCUGGCCUGCUAAGGCCUACGAGACAGGUACCUGUGCAUGCCCAUAGGAGGUAGAGAGGUCAGGCAAACCGGAGGGGAGAGUUUUCACUCCUGUGAAGACGAUGGUAACUCCUGGGGGUGACCUCCUGUGACUUGUACAGUUGUGAACAACAAUCACACAUGGUACUUCGCGCGCUCUCUCUCUCUUUUUGUUUAAACGUUGCACGUGCUACCGUUUUUCUUAUAAAAAAUAGCUUGGUGGUACAUUAGCUUCUUUAUCUUGUAAAAAACAAUUGUCAUUAUUCAUCCCGUCACAAUAAAUGCUUUCCAGCAAUC